AUGUCUUUGUCAUCGGAACUAGCGGCUGCCAUUGAAGAUGAAGACUUACAACUUCGGCGGCCGAGGAAACUUCCGACGCAAACUCAACAGCUGGAAAAGUCAAAAGAGAUAACCGCCAUCCAAAGAAUGGUAUCAGCAUGCUCUGGCUCUUUCAUCACCUCUCUCGUGGUUACGCCGUUCGACGUUGUCAGAAUCAGAGUCCAACAACAGGAGGUGAUGCUGAAUUUUGAGUGCUGUGCUCAGGCAGCGUCCUCGUUAUCGUCGUCAGCAUCUACAUCUUCCAAGUUCGCCACUUCAGCAUCCACAGCACCAGCGACCGCUUCUACUCUACAAAGCUCUCCGCCUGGAGUGUUUUGGCUCGAUCAUCAUUACUGUGAGUCUGCAGAACGCUGCCCUCGGAUCACGUCCACAUUUCAAGGCAUGUCUGUGAUUAGCAGGAACGAGGGGCUCACUACGCUCUGGCGAGGUCUUAGUUUGACAUUGUUUAUGGCCGUCCCAUCCAACAUCAUCUACUUCACUGGUUAUGAGUACAUCAGGGACAGGUCUCCUAUCAAGGGAGAAAUGUUGAAUCCACUUUUGUGCGGUUCCUUUGCACGUACAAUGGCAGCUACUGUGGUUGCGCCAGUGGAGUUACUAAAAACGAGACUACAAUCUAUCCUAUCAGAAGUGCGUCAUGAUCAGCCUAAAUCACAAAUUUUAAAGAAUUUGCUCAGGGACUUGGGCCUGUCUGUACAAAGCCGAGGUAUUGGCUCAAUGUUCACUGGAUUGAAGAUCACCUUGUGGAGAGAUGUUCCGUUCUCCGGUAUCUACUGGCUGUGUUACGAGCUCUUCAAGGACCGGUUUGGAAGUGCAUUGAAGGUAGAUUUUUCUGCCUCUAACCAGGACGACUGGAAAGUGUUUACUGCCAGUUUUUUUUCUGGAUCUAUGGCAGGUAUUAUUGCUGCGUUUUUCACUAAUCCGUUCGACGUUGGCAAAACACGUCUUCAGAUAGCCACUGAAGAAAAGCCUCACACAAAAAAGCUGAUGUUCUCGUUCCUUCGACAGAUCUAUCGGAAUGAGGGAAUCGGGGCCUUAUACAGUGGUUUCGGCCCCCGAGUCAUGAAGAUCGCCCCACUGUGUGCUAUAAUGAUAUCAUCAUACGAGAUUGGGAAGAAGAUCUUCAAGGACAAGAUGUAG